AGUUUUAUGGUGGAUGGCAUUGUUUAUGGUGGCAUUCAUGUUUGCCUCACCCAUAAAACUAAACAUCAUUUUACAAGUGGAACAUUUUUAAGUGUGGCAUUUGAAACAUUAUAGUAAAUUACGUUGUGUGGCUUGUAUUAUGGCAUCGAUAUCAAUAAAGGGGAAGGUGUGGGUAUACUUUUUGGUGACCAAAACGUGUGAAAUAUCUGUAUUACCGUGAAGGAAAGAAUUCAGUUGACUUGAUUUGUUGAAAGGCCAACAUACGGAACUAUGUAUUCUGUUUGAAGGUGAAUGAUUAUUGGAAAUAUCAUCCUUGUUCGUAUUUGGCAAUGUAAGUGUGUUAUAUUUACCUGUAUUUUUCAGCAUCAUGGCAACCCCAAUAAGAUUAUCAAACUUGAAGAUCAGAUUAAGCAGUUACAGAAAGCCAAAGAGGAAUUGGAACUGAAAUACAGCAUUACAUUUCGGGAAUUGGAUCGGGUGACGGCUGAUGAGGAGUUACACAGACAGCAGAUCAUGGAUCUGGAGAGAUCAGCAGUCAUGAAUAAACAUGACUUCAAGGAGAUGCAGAAAAAGUGGAAUGCCGAGGUGGAGAGCAAGCAGGAGUUGGAAAUGAAGUGUGGAAAAGAACUUCAAAAAGUAAACCAUUUGCUCAAUGAGGAAGUCAAGAUCUCCCAAAGCCUCAGGGAGUCGUUGACUGCUACAGAAAAGGAGCUGAGUGACUGUAAUGAGCGUUUAAACAAAGAGGUGGAGAACCACAACAAAAUGAAGAAGAACUACACAGAACUAAUGACGAAAUACAAUCAAAGCGAACAAGCCUAUGAUGAGGUCCAGUCCAAACUGAAGGAAGUAUCCAACAUGAAGUUAGCCCUGGAGCAAGAGAAGAUACGCCUCCAGUCUGACCUUAGUAUAGCUACCAGUCAACAGAGGGAUGAUAUUUAUCACCAGGAGGAAUUACAAGAACGAUUGAAAAGUCUGCAAGUCGAAAUGAAGAAGCUGCAGGAUAAAGAGAAAGGGUCAGCUCAGGAUAUCAUUAAGUUUCAGGACGAAAUCAACAAAUACCAGAAGAGUAUUGCUACACUACAGCUGGAGCUGAAAGAUGUAAAGGCAAAACUCUCCCAGGAAGCUCAGGCCCACAAGGAGACGAUAAAGAAGAGGUCCAUCUUGAUGUCAGCUGAGGGCAGAAAUCAGGAAGCCAUUAGAGAUACACAGGUUAAGCUAGAGCAGGAAAAGCACCAACGUGAGGCUGCAGAGGACCGGUUACUCCACGUGGAGAAGCUGCGGAGUGACCUGAUGGUGGACCUGGCCCAGGAGAAGAAACGCAACGGCCUGCUGGAGGAGGAGCUACGGACAGAGUCAGAGAAGGCCAGGAAUCUGACACUGCAGGUAGAACAAGAGAUUCAGAGAAGGACGCUGCUUCAGAAUGACUUUAAGACGGUGUCCCAUCAACUGACUGAGUCCAGGGCCAUCUGUAAACAGCUGAAAAAGGAGUUAGAAGACAACAAGGCAGCUAGUGGCAGCACGCAGAUGACCGUGAAAAAGUUGAAGGAUGAGGUGGCCACCACCAGUCUGCAGAUGAAGGAAUAUCAAGACCAGCUAGAGACAGAACAAUAUUUCUCUGCUCUGUACAAGGCCCAGGUGAAGGAGUUGAAAGAAGAGGUGGAGGAGAAGGGCAAACAAGUACAGGAGCAGGAGGCUAAGCUCAAGGUCAUGCUCCAGGAGAGGGACUCUGUUGUGGAUCAGCUACAGCUGGCCUUCUCCCGCGCAGACUCAGAGAAGUUGGCCAGGACUAUCGCAGAAGACCAGUUGUCAGAUGUGGAGAAGGAGAAGACAAUGCUGGAGCUGGAGAUUAAAGAUCUGAUGUCUCGUCAUAAGACAGACCUUGCCAAGAAAGAUGCCACCAUUGAUGAUAUGGAGCAGACCAAAAGGGAGAUGGCAUCUCUGUGUGAAAAGUUAAAGGCAGAGAAGGAGGACUUAGAAAACAAAUACAAGAGGUUGAAAGAAGACUUUAAAAACACAAUGUCUGCUAAUAAACAUACAGACACAGACAUUGCACUACUGAAAACCAAACUCAACGAAGAGAAAAUCAAGAAAGAACAGGCUGUCAACAAAUUGGCUGAGAUUAUGAACAGAAAAGAGUUUAGGAACACUAAUAAACGUGGAAGCGUCAAUUCAUCAGAACUGAAGAAAAAAGAGAAAGAGUGCAGAAAACUUCAGCAGGAGUUAACAAUGGAGAGAGAGAAGUAUAACAAAAUGGUAGAUAAGUACCAAAGAGAUUUGUCCGAGACUCAAGCUGCUCUGUACGAGGAGGGACAAGGUCGCAAUAAACUACAGAUGGAGAUGGAUGCCAAGGACUGUGAGAUUGAGCAGCUGCGCUCUAAGUUGUUCUACAUCAGUAAUGACAGUGGUUCUGUGAACAGCGGAACUCUGGAAGAGGAUGCUGCGACUGGUGAGAAUCAUAUGGAAGGAUGGCUAGCUGUACCUGCUGGGAAAAAGACCAAAGGAAUAACGUGGAAGAAACAGUUCAUCGUGGUCAGCAGCAAAAAAAUAUUUUUCUACAACUCGGAGAAUGACAAGAUGGCAGCAGAUCCUAUUAUGGUGAUAGAUAUUGAAAAAUUAUUCCAUGUGCGUCCAGUUACACAGGGUGAUGUGUACAGGGCAGAAGCCAAAGACAUCCCCAGAAUAUUCCAGAUACUAUAUGCCUCAGAAGGAGAAAACAGGAAGCUAGAAAGUCCCCAGGAUCAGCAGACACAGGGUGGUAUGGAGUACAAAGGCCACGAUUUCCUUGCUCUCCAUUUCCGCACGCCCACAACCUGUGAGACCUGCAAUAAACCUGUCUGGCACAUGCUGCAUCCACCACCAGCCUUAGAGUGUCGGCGUUGCCAUGUUAAAGUUCACAAAGAUCAUUUUGAUAAAAAUGAAGAAUUUAUAGGAUAUUGUAAAGUCAACUUUGAGAUCCAGGCUAAGGAAAUGUUACUGCUGGCUGAGAGUCCUGACAAACAGCAGGACUGGGUGAAACAUCUGAGGAAGAAAGUCUCAAAGAAAGGCAUCGUCAGCUCAGGAAGCCUAGGGCCAUCGGCCACACGAGGCACCAAGCAGUACUCAUCAAUGCAACGGUCUUCAUCCUCCUCCAGUACUGCCAGCAAGUCGUCAACAUUACCAGCAGGGAGACCGUAACCAUGGGACACGCCCCUCCUUAGAUACUACUGAUCUACUAAUAUUAGAACAAUAUGUUAAGGUGGGCAGUUUGCGCCAACUCAUGAUGUAGAUUUUGUCUGAAGGUCUGACUUGUGCUGUCGGACAUAUUUAUGUACUAUUAGUUAUGGCAGCCAUCAAAAUAGAAAUCUGUCAAGGUUGCCAGUCAGAAUUAAUGAUUGUAUAUAUAUAUA